AUGGAGGCGACCGAGGAGCUCACGGUGAUGACCGGCGACAAGGACGACGAGGAGACACGCCUCGCCGUCGCCAGGGAGGACGCCUGCCCGUGGCUUGGGCGCAUCCUCGCCACGUUCAUCGGGCUGCGCUUCGGCGACGACGCGCCGGGCAGCCCGAAGCGCUCUUCGCUCGAUAAGCGAUCGUCGCUCGAUGCCAUCGACGAGGACGGUAAUAACGACGACGACGUGCGCUCGGACGGCGCGCUGUCCAUGAUGUCCUCCGAGGCCCGGAUGCAGGAGCUCGAGCAGGUGGUGAUCAACACCCUCCAGUGCCUCAUCAACCUGUCCAGGUCGAAAAAGAACAGGAAGGAGAUCGCCGACGCCGGGUGCGUCGCGCCCGCGUGCACGCUCCUCGACCUCACGCUGCGACGCGAGAUCCACGACCGCGCGGUCAUGCUCCUCAUCAACUGCUGCACCGGGCCCAUCCAGUACACCGGGCCGGUGCACGACGUCGUCGAGGACAGCGAAGGGGUGCAAAAGCUGGUGGAGAUGAUCAAGCUCGGCCCAGACCAACCCACCGCGCACAGGGCGGUGCAGGUGCUCUCCCUGGUCUCCGUGGACCCGGAGAUCAAGGACAUAUUUCGGGAUAAGUGCACGGGGGGGUUUGAGGCGCUGAGGGCGAUGUUGGAGAGACCCGACGGGGGUCUAUUCCUGAAGCACGCCGCGCUGACGGUGAACCACCUCUGCGAUGAAAACGUCCCCAACAAGAUCGCCUUCAUGGAGUCGGGCGGCGUGCCCGCCAUGAUGCGAUUGAUGGGCCGCCCGCCCAACGAUCCCCUCACCGCGAUCGCGCUCGAUGCGGUGACCAUCCUCGCGGAGGACAACGACGAGGUCGACGAGGCCGUCGCGGUGACCGGCGUCCUGCCGAGGGUGGUGGAGAUGAUCUCAAACCCAGAGAACCCGAAGCUGACCCAAGCCGCCGUCACCGCCGUCAUGCACAUGGCGAGGGACUACAAGGACGCCAAACGGAUGCUCACCACCGCGGGCGUGAUAUACAAGCUGAAGCACAUCAUCGACGAGUGCGCCAUCGAAGAAUCUCCCGAGAGCGUCCACCUGGCGCAGAUGUGCGUAUCGUCGCUGACCAACAUCGCGAUUGAUACCGAGUACUGGGGUCAGUCGGAGCUCGCCGAGGAGAACGUCUUGACGAACGUUCGGUCGGUGUUUCAGUCGGCGCCGGCGGAGUCCAAGAUGGCGCAGGUGUGCAUCGCGUUCGUCUACGCAUACACGGCUGGAAACUCGGACAACGGGUGGACCGUGCGGGAAGCCGGUUUGCUCCCGGUUGUCGCAUACCAUCACCUGUGCGGCAGAGAUAAGAAAACUCGCGAGUCCAAAGAGGCGCUCGUCUCCCUCGGCGCCGCCGUCGACGACGACGAGGAGUCGCAGGAGUUGGUCAGCUCGCUGUUCGGGGAGACGGUGCUCCGCGAGUGCCUCAAGGUUGGCGCCGCGAAGGGUACCUACGUUCCCCCGGAGAACCGGGACGAGAAGACCCGGGCGCGGGAGAAGCAGACGCUUUCCGAGGGCUAA